GGGGGGGGGGGGGGGGGGGGGGGGGGGGGGGGGGGGGGGGGUGGGGGGGGGGGGGGGGGGUGGGGGGGGGGGUGGGGGGGGGGGGGGGGGGGGGGGGGUGGGGGGGGGGGGGGGGGUGGGGGGUGGGGGGGGGGGGGGGGGGGGGGGGGGGGGGGGGGUGGGGGCGGGGGUGGGGGUGGGGGGGGGGGGGGGGGGGGGGGGGGGGGGGGGGGCGGGGGCGGGGGGGGGGGGGGGGGGGCGGGGCGGGGGGGGGGGGGGUGGGGGGGGGGGGGGGGGGGGGGGGGGGGGGGGGGGGGGGGGGGGGGGGGGGGGGGGGGGGGGGGGGGGGGGGGUUGGGGGGGGGGGGGGGGGGGGGGGGGGGGGGGGGGGGGGGGGGGGGGGUGGGGGGGGGGGGGGGGGGGGGGGGGGUGGGGGGGGGGGGGGGGGGGGGGGGGGGGGGGGAUGGGGGCGGGGGGGGGGGGGCGGGGGGGGGCGGGGGGGGGGGGGGGGGGGGGGGGGGGGGGGGGGGGGGGGGGGGGGGGGGGGGGGGGUGCGGGGGGGGGGGGGGGGGGG